AUGAGAUUAACGACGAUAGCAGCAGGCGUCAUUGCCUGGAUGGCGACGGAUGUCGUGGCGACGGCGUUGACGUACCAUCUGCCAGCCAACGAGAAGGCUUGCUUCUACACGGAGACCAAGAAGGACAACGAAAAGGUGGCAUUCUAUUUCGCGGUUCAAUCUGGCGGCUCGUUCGAUAUCGACUACAUAGUCGAGGGACCCGAGGGCAAGGUCAUCUUAAAGGGCGAAAAAGAGCGCCAAGGCGAUUUCGUCUUCACGGCGCAAAAGACUGGCGACUACUCUUUCUGCUUCGACAACGACAUGAGCACGUUUGCCGACAAGUUUAUCGAUUUCGAGAUUUCUGUCGAGAACGAGUCCCGGUCCGCGCAGCUGCCAUCGAAGCAGGGCUCGACGCCCGAACAGACGACGAUCAUCGAAGAGGCCAUAAUCAAAAUCUCCGGACAGCUCUCGACCAUCUCGCGCAACCAGAAAUAUUUCCGCACACGCGAGAACCGAAACUUUAGCACGGUCCACAGCACGGAGAGGCGGAUUGUCAACUUUAGCAUGAUGCAGAUUGGCCUGAUCAUUUGCAUGGGUGCCCUGCAGGUCUUUGUCGUUCGCUUCUUCUUCCAGGGCGCACGCAAGGGCUAUGUAUGA